AUGAACGGAACUGUUCUUAAGGUUAUCUGUUUAACUUCCGCUUUAGUUUUUAUUUCUAAUGUGAGCGCAGAUACCGCACUUAUAGUGAAAGAGCUGCAAGUGCGGAAGGAGCUAGAGUUUGCGCUAAUAGAUUUGCUCAACGGAAUAAUGCGCAGCGAGGUUAUAACUUGCAUAACUAUUUUAAGCGACACGGUUUACUUGGGCGUUUUCGAGGGGGCACUGUUUAAGAGGACAAUAACAGUACCGUUUGUUAUGGUAGUGGUGGAGGAAUCUGAGGACUUGCUGUCACCGAAUUAUGACACUCUCGAAUCGUUGAGGCAAUCCCGAAAAGAUGGUUGCAAUGUUUACGUCAUUAUUUUGGCUAAUGGACUCCAAGUGGCCAGGCUUCUAAAGUUUGGAGAUAGAUAUCGCAUAUUGGACACAAGAGCCAAAUACAUAAUGCUCCACGACAUCAGACUGUUCCACAGCAAACUUCACUACAUUUGGAAGCGUAUCGUCAACGUGGUCUUCUUGAAAUACCAUAAAACAAUAAAAGGGAACGUAAGGGCUUGGUUCGAUCUCUCCACGGUACCUUUUCCUAACCCUAUUAAAGGGAUAUUUAUAUCACGACGAGUCGAUAUAUGGAGGAAUGGUAAAUUUCAUUACGGCAGAGAUUUGUUUGCUGAUAAAACAGCGGAUCUUAGUAACGAAGUUUUGAAUGUGGUUUAUUACGACCACGUGCCUUCAGUUAUUGUUAUCAAGUCAAACGAAUCAAGCAAAGUGGGAGGUGUUGAAAUUGAAAUACUCAAUACACUAGCCAAGAAAAUGAAUUUUGCUCCCAAAUUGUAUCAGCCAUCUAACGCAGAAGCUUACAAAUGGGGUCAAAAGGAAUCAAAUGGCUCAUUCUCCGGUCUCCUGGGGGAAAUGGUCAACGGCAACGCUGACUUAGCCCUGGGAAAUUUGCAGCACACGCCGUACCACCUGGAACUGACUGAUUUGAGUAUUCCGUACACGACUCAAUGUUGGACAUUCCUGACGCCAGAGGCUCUUACUGAUAAUUCCUGGAAAACACUUAUUUUGCCGUUCAAGUUGUACAUGUGGGUAGCUGUAUUAUUAGUACUGCUUGUCACUGGCGCCAUAUUUUAUGGUUUAGCAGUUAAUUAUAUGAACCUCUUGGAUUACAACAACUCCUUGCAAAUAACGAAAAAGCCCGUGACUGAUUCAAAACCGGUUGGCAUGUAUUUGUUCGGCGAAAUAACAAACAGCAUUCUGUACACGUACGGAAUGCUACUAGUGGUCUCUUUGCCCAAACUACCAUCUGGAUGGUCUAUUCGCUUGCUUACAGGAUGGUACUGGCUGUAUUGCAUACUCCUUGUUGUAUCUUACAAAGCCAGUAUGACCGCUAUACUGGCCAACCCAGCACCCAGAGUAACAAUUGACACUUUGAAAGAACUGGUAGACAGUAAAAUCGCUUGUGGGGGCUGGGGUAGAGAGACAAAGAAGUUCUUUGUCGAAUCACUAGACGAAAUUGGCCAGAAAAUCGGAGAGAGAUUCGAAAACAUCGAUAACCCAGAAGAAGCAGCUAGCCUAAUAGCCAAAGGGAUUUUCGCUUACUACGACAGCUCGAACUUCCUGAAAUAUCUAAGCGUCAAGCGUAAAAGUUCUUACACCAGCAUGGAGUUUGAAAAUUCCACAGCAAACGGCACAGAAGUAUCGAAAGCGGAUAGAGACCUUCAUAUCAUGUCAGAUUGCGUGGUUAACGUUCCUAUAUCAAUCGGUUUCCAUAAAAAUUCUCCAUUGAAACCUCUGGCAGAUGUUUACAUCAGAAGAAUUGUUGAAGUUGGCCUUGUGGAGAAGUGGUUAAACGAUGCUAUGUACAGAAUAAGAACAAUGGAUACUUCAAAUGAAGAAGUCAAGGCAUUGAUCAAUUUGAAAAAGCUUUACUGUGCAUUCAUAGCUUUAGCAAUAGGUUAUACAUUGAGCGUUAUAUGCCUGGUUGGAGAGUUUGUUCAUUGGCAUUUUGUAGUAAAGAAGGAUCCCAACUUUGAUAAAUAUGCCAUGGAUGUCUACUAUACUAACAAGAAUAAAAAACACUAGUAAUUUAACUAGAAGUUUUUAUUUGACAAUUAGGAUGUAACAUGAUCAAGAAUAAAUAGUAUUUUCAGUCAU